AUGGAACCGUGCACUUUCGUUCGUAUCACCGUCGGAAACUUGGUUGUUAGGGCAUCACCCUCUGUUUCGAACGCACCAUCUAGUAACUGGUUCUGUAAGAUCAAAUUCAAGAAUUUCCCACGCCAAAUCGUUGCUGUGCCCGUUCUGUUUCGAACCGAAUCCCAAUCCCAAUCCCGGUUAUGCUCCAGCGAAGUGUCGAACGUUGCUGCUUCAUUCACUCUAAGCAAGUCUCAGAUCCAAUGGGCUCUUAUGAAGCCUAAACGGAGUGUACUCUCCAUCAAGGUUUAUUCCCGCGUUGCCACGUGUGGACUCGUCCCUUCUUUUGGUGAGAAGCUGAUUGGUCGGUUUAAGGUUUCAUUAGAUUUGAAGACGGCUGAGACAAAGACGUGUUUGGCUCACCUCGGGUGGGUUGCAUUAGGCACUAAUAAAAAGUCAAAUAAGAUAAAGAAUCCGGAGCUCCACGUUAGCGUACGGGUUGAACCGGACCGGAGGUUUAUGUUUGAGUUCGACCGCGAGCCAGAGUGUAGUCCCAAGGUUCUUCAGAUACAUGGAAACAAGAAAGAAACUGUUUUCACAUGCAAGUUCGGAUUCAGAAACUCCCCGACUCUUACUAGAUUACCGUCCACGACCACUGGAAAGAAACAGACUUGGAGGGGGAGAAAAGGUUGGUCAAUAACAAUACAUGAUCUCUCUGGCUCACCAGUAGCUAUGGCUACAAUCACCACACCUUUCGUACCAUCACCAGGUUCAAACGGUGUGUCUAAAUCAAGCCCCGGCGCGUGGCUCAUCCUCCGUCCUGAUGGUAACAUAAUGAAGCCAUGGGGUCGUCUCGAGGCAUGGCGUGAUCAUCAGUCUGGCUUUCUCGGUUACCGGUUUCAUCGACUUCAAGAGGAUAUCGCUACGGAAAUAUCCUCAUUGUCUUCCAUCAGGACAAAACUUGGAGGGAGCUUUGUCAUCGAUGGAACCAUUACUACCGCGGACACCAACACAGCUGCUUCUUUGACACUCUCAGAUGGAAGUUUUGAUGUUUCGUCCGGGUUGAGUACUGGAUCAUUGAAAACACGUUCAGGAGGCGGGUCGGAUUUCGGGUUUUUUCUACCCCAAGCGAGAGAAAACUUGGGGUUUGUGAUGUCGACAAGGGUGGAAGGAGUUGAGAAACAGAGCAAGCCUAAGGUGGAAGUAGGGGAGAAGUACGUGGAAUGCGUGGAGGAUGCGGCGGCGUACGUGGCUUUAGCAGCGGCGGUGGAUUUAAGCAUGGAUGCUUGUAGACUCUUCUCUCACAAGAUAAGAAAAGAAUUGAGACCUCCAAGAGCCGUUUGA